AUGGCGCGGCUCGCAGCUGGAUGCUUCUGGAGCUGCGCCGCCAUCUGCUGGGCCGUCGGUUUGCCGGCGAAGGGUGAGAAGAGCAGCCCUGAAGAUUGCGAGCUGGAGAUUGAGCAGAGCCAUCAAAGCCUGCUGCAGCAUGCCACUCUGGUCUCAACGGAGAAGAAGCAGCAGAGCUUGGUAGAUUCUGCAACGGCCAUUUGCGACACAGUGGACACACCUCCUCCUUCACCCCUUUCUGAUUCGAUGAACAAUCCUGGCAGUUUCUAUUAUAUCGCGCUCGUCAAUGACACCGCCUUCAAUCCUUUCUCCAUCAAACUUGUGGAGAAGUACAACUUGAGAAUCCGCUUUCAUGGUGGUACGGGCAAUAUGGAAGCCUGGUGGAUGGAGAACGAGGAUCCAGCCACCCCAUGGACCUAUUUGAAUGUCUCGCGGCAUACCACGCAACCGUUGGGCCUCGGCGCACUCUUCGUGGACCAUUUGGGUUGCUUGAAGAACCACUGCACGUAUUCGCAGUGGCAUGCAGAAAUCUGGAAAGGAUAUCCAUUGCUCAUUGCUUGGUCUUGUGGCGGCAUGGUGGUGGGUAACGAGGUCUAUUGGGCUGGUGGCCCCUCUGACCCCGAGCUGAUCCCCUAUGCCUGGAGCCUGAUUCAAGCCCGCGGCGGAGGCUUGGAACGUUUCCCCCUGACCGCGGUGAAGAGCGGGCCUCAUGACCUGCCAUGUCGCUCUGAAGCUUGCGAGCAGAAUAUCCAGCAGAGCUUGCUGCAGCAUUCCACAUUGCUGUCGAAGGAGACGCACAGUCCGGUCACCGUGGAUCCUUUGGCCGGGAUUUGCGACACAGUGGAAACGCCUCCUUAUUCACCUCAUGCGGACAGGAUCAACAACGGCAAAUUUUAUGUCAUUGCACUCGCCAACGACACGUUGACGAACCCUGUUUCGUACCACUACGUGGAGAAGUACAACUUCAGGAUCAUUUUGGAGGGGCGCUUGGGGUCCUUUGAAGCUUGGUGGAUGGACAACGAUGACCCAACCACCAGGUGGAGCUACUUCGAUUUCUCGGCGAACAGCACACAACCGGACGCAGUUGCUUUGAAGGCCCUUGACACGGAGUUGUGCAAAGAGCGCCACUGCCAGACUCUCGGUGGAGAAUUCGUCUUGUUUGCUUUGAUUCCAAAUUAUCCAGGGAUCAACUUUGGGGGGUAG